AAAGUAAUUUAUCGGAUACCAAACGACCGGUAUCGUUUGCUUUGCCUGCGACUUUAGAGAGGCUCAAUGAACCUCUAACGAAACAACAGUCAUUUAUUGCGACUAACGUAGUUUUAGCCCUGCAGGCAAAUGCAAGACAAGAAGAUUAUGACAGACGCCCGAAAUCUCUUUUGGACUUGGAAAUAAUUAAAAAAUUGGCUUCCAAAGACGAAAAGAUCACGCAAUUUGUGAGACUACUAUCUGUCUCUCUAGACGUUCUCCUAAAAAAAUAUACCUGGACUGAUUUUAUUGACGAAUUUAACUGUCCACAUUGCAGUUUGGUUGAAACAUUAGCAACUAUUGAAAAUGCACUCGAGGGCUCAAAGUGGAUGCCUAAUAACAAAGAAAAUGGGUUAAAGCUCGAAGAUGACUGA